AUGCGGCCCUCGCUGAACAGUGCCAGAACCUUCGAGCUUCAUGGCCUAAAGAAGGUCUCUGGCGAUGUGGAAGAGGUGAAGAAGAAAGAAGACCUGAUUAAGUCGGAGGCCAUGAGGUGGCCUACAAUGGUGCAAGCGCCGCAGCCGUCGCCGCCACCGGGGGAGCAUUGGACGAGAUACCAGGACGAAGAUGGAGGUGAGUAUUGGUACCAUUAUGAGGGCCCAUUGGGCCAGUGGUGGUGCGGUUCAGAUCAUCAGACGAUUAUGCCCUAUGUGGCAUGA